CUGGUUUUGCCUGCUGAGGCUCACUCUGCCUCCUCUCGUUCUCGUCAACUGUCUCCGCCUCUCCGGCUCUCACCACACCAGCAGGCAGCAGUCUAACGAUUUCGUCUCUCCGGCCGCCCGCGCGAUCGCAAAUCCAUCGAUCUACUGCGGUCGUCGAUGGCGGACGAGCCGACGCCACGGAGGCCGAAGUCGUGGUCGGACAUACCGGCGGACAUCGCCGGCCUGGUGCUCCGCCUCCUCCCCGCGCACGCCGACCGCGCGCGCUUCGCCGCGGUGUGCCCGCAGUGGCGCGCCACCGCGCGGCAGCGGCCCCUCCCCCCGCCGCCGCCGCUGCCGCUGCUCGCGCUCCCGGACGGCACCUUCUACAGCCCCCCCUACGACGAGCCCUUCCGCUUCCCCGGCUUCGGCUUCGCUGGCUACAAGGCCACCUGCGGCAGCCGGCUCGUCUUCCCGCGCGACGACGGCUGCUUCUUGGUGAAUCCCUUCACCGGCGCCACCGUGACGCUCCCUGCCCUGUCCAGCGUCCGCCUCCGUCCACCAAAUGCAGUUGCUAAGUACGAUCAACAAGGCACUGCAUACCCUGUCACAUGGAUGCAUAUCCGCGGCUCAGAGCAUCUGCACAUAAGCAAGCUGAUCCUGUGCUUGCCAAGCCUUGUCGCUGCAAUCGUUGGCGAUGGACACAUCAGUCAGAUUCUAGUGUGCAAGCCAGGGGGCCUGUCAUGGUCAGUACGCGCAUACGACAUGGUCAGAAACUUUCAGGACAUGGCAUUCUACCAGGGCAAGCUCUAUGCCAUUGCCAACGAUGACGAGGACCUCCUCGUCGUCAACAUCAGUCAGGACCAAAGCACCGGUGAUCCACAGGUUUCUAAAAUUGGGCAGGCCAUCAAGGGCGAGCCCUUCCAUUCAGUUUGGCAUGAAUUUGGCACCAUGGACAUUCUUGCCAACAAGAAGCUCUAUCUGGUAGAAUCGCACGGUUCACUGCUGAUGAUACGCAGAAAGAUUUGGUGCUGGAGCAAGCAAGCGAGCGAUACUGAUCCAGAAGCUUCACGUCCCAUUGUGGCUGGACCAAACGAGUUCGAGGUAUUCAAGGCCGACUUUGAGCAGUCUAGGUGGGUCAAGAUGACAACAUUGGGGGAUGAGCAGGUGUUGUUUCUAGGGCGAAGGUGCUCCAGGGCUAUGUCAGUGUCGCAGUAUGGGAUGUCAGGCGAUCAGAUCUUCUUCUUGGAUGACGAGGAGGAGAACCUCAAGCAGUAUUAUUACAGCACGGAGAUCACUUCUUUCUGUGUGUGUGAUAUGAGAGACGGUCAGGUCGACUCCCCUCUGCCAAAGGCCUCCUGGAAGCGCUGUGACGAGAUGCGUCCGGUGGCAUGGCUAUUCCCCCAGGACUGAAGCCAAGGUGUUAAUGCAAAUGCAAGCUGGGUGCGGCUUAUGUUAUCCGAGUCCACUGUCUGUUGUGUGGUGGCAUCAUCAGUAUUUGCCUUGCCUGAACUUGUAUUUUGGGAUCUCUAUUUAUCUGAGCUUGGUAUUGGUCGUUAUGCUGCAAGGUAGUAGUAACCAAUAUUAUCUGAUAUUGAUCAUGGUGGUCACAUUAUGGAACCAUUCAACUCCUGUUUUAGGGUGGUGGUCUCUGAUUUUCUCUAGUUCUCUAUAGUUCGUUGUGUGUGUGUGAUAUUUUGCAUUCGUGCUCAGGCUGUGAUCUGUGAUGUACCUUAGCUUGUCAUUUUCGCUAUUA